AGCUCCUCUCUAUCCACCCCUGGGUGCCUGUGAAUCUGGGGCAAUCCACCCCCAUACCAAGGCUCCAACCAACACCCCCCACCCCAGGAGAAGAAUCUCUGAGCCACAUCCCCCCCCAUGGAAACGCCUGGCCCCCGAUUUCCCAGCUGGGCUCCUGCACCCCAGGCCCUGAACCCUGCCCCGCGGAGCACGGUGGUGGCUGGUCUCUCCUGCUGAUCCUGGAGCCGCCUGGAGGGGGCACCCUCGAGGGCCUGUCCCCCACCCCGCAUGGUUUUGGCAGCGUCCAGCAUGGGAGACCUGGGCGCUUGCCCCCGGCCAGCCCCGACUCCCCGGAACUGGUACUGACCCCCCGCCGGGCCGGCGCCCUGCCUCCACUUCCAGAACCAGCCACCCCACCUGCACCCAGAGCCCGCAGGAGACGGAGGCUGCUGAGCAGAUGGUGCGGCACCAUGUCAGGUGACUAUGAGGAGGACGUGUGUCGUGGCGCGCUCACCCUACUCAAGGAGCUCUGCUUCUCCCUGCGGGCGCUGGAGCAACACGAGAAAUGCCUGGAGUUCACCGACCUGCUGCGCAACCGGGGGCACCCCCCGCCCACCGACUCGGACAUCUCCGUCAGCCUGCUCUCCGUCAUCGUCACCUUCUGCGGCAUCGUGCUGCUGGGGGUCUCGCUCUUCGUCUCCUGGAAGCUGUGUUGGAUCCCCUGGCGGGACAAGGAGGCCUCGCCGGCGCCGCGCAAGGACCACGGCCUCCACGGCCACCUGCACCACUCGCCCUACGGCGACCUGCUGGUGGAGCGGGUCGAGCUGGGGCCCGAGAUGCCUGAACGCUCCUACCUCGACAUGGACUCCUACCCCGAGGCCACCCUCAAGCUGAGCCAGACCUCGCCCGACCUGCCGGUGGAGGGGCAGGUCGGCCCUAAGGAGGGCGCCGGCAUGCCCAAUGCGCACUCCCACCAGCAGGUGGCCACCCUGGCUCCCGCCCCCAGGUACAACACCCUGCCGCGCCCCUUGACCCAGCAGCUCUCCAGCCCGGAGGUGGUCAGCCACGGUGGGGAGGACAAGCCGGAGCAGGCCACCAGCAUCGGUCAGAUCAAGCCGGAGCUGUACAAACAGCGGGCGGGCGAGGCAGAGCAUCGUAAGGCGGAGGGUCCUCCCUGCGGGCGCAUCAGCUUCGCUCUGCGCUACGCCUACGCCUCGGAGCAGCUGGUGGUGAGGAUCUUGCGGGCGCUGGACCUGCCGGCCAAGGACGCCAACGGCUUCUCCGACCCCUACGUCAAGAUGUACCUGCUGCCCGACCGCAAGAAGAAGUUCCAGACCAAGGUGCACCGCAAGACGCUCAACCCCGUCUUCAACGAGACCUUCAACUUCAACGUCCCCUUCGCCGAGCUGCCGGGGCGCAAGCUGCACUUCAGCGUCUACGACUUCGACCGCUUCUCCCGCCACGACCUCAUCGGGCAGGUGGUGCUGGACAACCUGCUGGAGAUGGCGGAGCGGGACGAGGAGACGCCCAUCUGGAGGGAUAUCCUGGAGGGCAGCUCA